GUCCUCACGGCGGCGAUCCUGGUCCAGGUCCUCAUCCUGCCCCAGAGCCUGCUGGUGCAGCGCCACAUGCACCGCCGCCACCACCGCCAGAUGCGCCACCAGCUGCACCAGCGGCUGCUCCUGGGCACGCAGGCGGUGGGGUUCCAGCAG